UGGAUGAGGCCGCCCCGCGCGCCCGGGCCGCCGAGUGUUUCCGCGGCCCCCCGGCCGGCUGCCUGGCCCCCUGGCCCCCGCGAGCGGCCGCCUCUACUGGCCCGGGUGCCCGUGUCCGCGCCCGGCGCAGUCUGCCUCCGGCGAGCGCCUCCGCACCUCAGCGAAGGCGGCACCGGCCUCGGAGUCGGGAUGGGCCGGUCGCGGAGAAGAAGACAAGCUGGGGCAGCUAGCCCAUGCGCACCGCGCCGUCCGUAGUGGGAGCUUGCGCGUAGUAGGCUCGCGGGGCGUUUCGGAGGAAUUGCUUUUCCAUUGGAGGAAGACUCCAAUAUCACAUUAGGACUGGGAGGAAAAUUCCUUUUCUACAGUGUCAAUGAGGGAUCCUUGCAGUCUCAUUAUUCUAGAAAGAAAAAUGCUGAAACUGAUUUGCAGGUGUUCCAUUGAAAACAGUGAGUUCUAGAGGCCUUCUAGGUAAGCCGAGCUGCAAGUGAGUGUUACAUUGUGUGGAUUUAUUAUGAAAAGGGUCGUUUCCAGCUUUCAGCUGUUAUGGGUAAAGAUGCUAUGAACAUUCUUGUCACAAGAAGACCGAGUUGAGGCAUUUUUGCCCUUCUGAGAGCUGGUUUUACAACAUACCGCUGGAGAGGGAUCUCUGCAGCUGGCCUGGAUCUUAUAAUCAAUGGAUAAAGUGGGGAAAAUGUGGAAUAACUUCAAAUACAGGUGCCAGAAUCUCUUCAGUCAUGAGGGAGGAAACCACAGUGACAAUGUGGACAUGAACUCCAACAGAUGUUUGUCUGUCAAAGAGAAAAGCAUCAGUCUGGGAGAGUCCUCUCCUCAGCAACAGAGUAGUCCCUUAAGAGAAAAUGUUGCCUUACACCUGGGACUCAGCCCUUCAAAGAGUUUUUCAAGAAGAAACCAAAAUUGUGCCACUGAAAUCCCUCAGAUUGUUGAAAUAAGCAUUGAGAAGGACAGUGACUCGGGUAUCGCCCCAGGUGCAAGGCUUGGACGGAGAGAUUCCUAUUCUCGACAUGCCCCUUGGGGAGGGAAGAAGAAACAUUCCUGUUCCACAAAGACCCAAAGUUCACUGGAUACUGAGAAAAAGUUUGGUCGAACUCGAAGUGGACUUCAGAGACGAGAACGGCGCUAUGGAGUCAGCUCUGUGCACGACAUGGACAGCGUAUCCAGCAGGACCGUCGGGAGCCGCUCUCUGAGGCAGAGGCUGCAGGACACAGUGGGCUUGUGUUUCCCGGUGAGAACAUACAGCAAGCAGUCAAAGCCCCUUUUUUCCAACAAAAGAAAAAUACAUCUUUCUGAAUUAAUGCUGGAGAAAUGCCCCUUUCCUGCUGGCUCAGAUUUAGCCCAAAAAUGGCAUUUGAUUAAACAGCAUACGGCUCCUGUGAGCCCACACUCAACAUUUUUUGAUACAUUUGAUCCAUCAUUGGUAUCUACAGAAGAUGAAGAAGAUAGGCUUCGAGAGAGGAGGCGGCUUAGUAUCGAGGAAGGGGUGGAUCCCCCUCCCAAUGCACAAAUACAUACAUUUGAAGCUACUGCACAGGUUAAUCCAUUAUAUAAACUGGGCCCAAAGUUAGCCCCUGGAAUGACCGAAAUAAGUGGGGACAGUUCUGCAGUUCCACAAACGAAUUGUGACUCAGAAGAAGAUACAACCACCCUGUGUCUACAGUCACGGAGGCAGAAGCAGCGCCAGGUGUCUGGAGACAGCCACGCGCACAUCAGCAGACAGGGAGCUUGGAAAGUCCAUACGCAGAUCGAUUACAUACACUGCCUUGUGCCCGACUUGCUUCAAAUCACUGGGAACCCCUGUUACUGGGGCGUGAUGGACCGUUAUGAAGCGGAAGCCCUUCUCGAAGGGAAGCCUGAAGGCACAUUUUUGCUCAGGGACUCUGCACAGGAGGACUACCUCUUCUCUGUGAGCUUCCGGCGCUACAACAGAUCCCUGCAUGCCCGAAUCGAACAGUGGAACCACAACUUCAGUUUCGAUGCCCACGACCCGUGUGUGUUUCACUCCUCCACUGUCACUGGACUUCUAGAGCAUUAUAAAGAUCCCAGUUCUUGCAUGUUUUUUGAACCGUUGCUUACUAUAUCACUGAACAGGACUUUUCCUUUCAGCCUACAGUAUAUCUGCCGCGCAGUGAUCUGCAGGUGCACUACGUAUGAUGGAAUUGAUGGGCUCCCUCUCCCAUCAAUGUUACAGGAUUUUUUAAAAGAGUAUCAUUAUAAACAAAAAGUUAGAGUUCGCUGGUUAGAGCGAGAACCAGUCAAGGCAAAGUAAACUCCUUUCCACAGAGGGCAUCACUCCCCAGGUCUGCUUUCAUGUGCAUCAGACAGUACACCCAGAGGAAGUAGAGUUGGGUGCUGGGAUUUUCACCCAGAAUGUGAUCUUAGUUAUUAGCCUCUGUCUGAUGCGAUCUGCUGUUACCUACUCAGACAAACAUGGUGCCUAUUGCAACAACAGGAUUGAGCUGCAGGUGUUCAGUAAGGCCUUGAAAACAUUGGCCAGUUUAGCUAACAGUUCAGUUUUUAGUGGCUGUAGCAAGUGCCGGGCAACUCUGGGGAGUUUGCUAUGAAGAAGUCUAUUUCUUAUUGAAGAACAAAUUAUUAAUAUUGGAUGAGUGUUUCAACAAUGUGACUAAUGUUUGAAAUUAUUUUUUCUAAGAAUUUUUCUAUAACCUUCCAAAAGUAGUGAUGUUUGUAGUUACCAUAAGCCAAGCUUUGAAAGUCCAAAAUAAGUAAAUAAAAGACUGCCUUCCUUUUAGAAAAAAAAAAAAAAAAAAAUGCAGUUUUUCUGGCCACAAGGGCAUAGUGCAGUGCACUUAAGUGUCACAGUGUGUAGUUUCCUUUUCUCUUCAGAAAAAAUGUACUCUUAAGCAAACCAAGUUUUCUAAGAUAGUUCUUAAAUUUACAGACUUACAAAGUUAGUAGAAUUUUAUUUAAAAGCUCUCAGUAUUAAUUUUUUAAUGAGUGCUUUAACUUAAAGCAGGCAUUUGGCAGAGCUGCUGCAAUUGUAAUUCACGUGAUUUUUUUUUUUCUAAGUUGACAUGCAGUCUAAACAUUUCUUUGAAGUUGGAUCUUUUCCUAUGCCCAUGAGUUUGUGAACGGUGAGGAAAAUUAGACUAGAAGAUGCCCAGACACGUCAGAUGAUAGUAACUCCAAUGGUUCCUGAUGUUGAGAUUGUUAAACUAUAAAUAAUCAUUUGGAUGGCAGUAUUUAUCUCUUUGUUGUAAGAACUCAUAGCUGAAUUACUUAAGUACAAUUUAUAGAAUUUCAUUUCAGUUAAUUCUUAAUGGAAAAACCUGAAACCUGAAUUUCAGAUUUAAAAGGUACUGUACAACCAUAAUAUCUGUAAAUAACUUUACUUGGCACCUUUUCGUCACUUAGAAUAGUAUGUAAUACAACUUGAGUGAGCGCUUUGGGAAGUAUUAUCAAGUUCUAGUGUUUGCUUCUUAGUAUUGAACUGAGUUUUCAGUUCUGUCCUAGACAGUUUGCACUACAGUAGCCAAAUCCAUUCUCGUGUGUCUCUUACUGUGCUCUGUAACCACUGGUGAGUGCUCCUUGGUUUCCAGACCAGCUGCUACAGAGAGUUUCUUUAUAUCCCUAUGGCUAUUGCCAAGGCUACAGAAAAGAAAAGCUAUAUUUGUAUGCAACACUAACCUUUGACUGCUAAUGUAUGUUUCUGCUUGCUGUGCCUUGUUACGGCUGCUUUUUUUGUGCUAAUAAAGUAUGUUUGGUGUUCUUGUAUAUCUGCUGUUUUAUACAUUUGCAACAAUUUCUCUUGUACAUGGAAUGGUUUGGGGUUUUUUAAAUAAGCAUUACCUGACAACUUACUAUAUAGUUAAUGCAGAUUCACCUACAGUCUAAUACUGAUCUGUCAGAAUAAGCUAAAUCUAAAUUUCAUGCUCUACAGCUUUCUAGUCCUAAUCACAUACUGUGUAACUAUAAUUACUGCAAAUUACUGUACAGUUUAGAUUACAACAGAAAACUUGCAGAGAAAUGGAAACCCUUUUGAUUUCUCUGCUUGCUAGUGAAAGACCAAAACUCAGUGACGUAGUAGAUGAACAUUAUAGCAUCCAGCUGCAUCAGAACAGGUUAAAGUCUUGUGUACUAGUGAUACAUCAACACCACUUCGUGGUUUGGGGACCAUUUUAAUUGAUAAUAAAUGCCCAAAAUGUGGACCUUUAACCAAAGACUUGUCCAUUUUAAUGCAAAAUGGGGAUUGAAGGAACUUAGAAUUUCUGUUAUUUGUAGUAGUCAUCCCUGAGGAACAUAUACCAAAGUGUUUGAGAACUUCAUCCAAACCUACUUUGAAAGCAUAAUGUGCAAUUAAGUUUAACGUUAUGACAUAAUUAUAUUGAAUAUUCAUUGGGUCUUUUUUCUUGAGCUUAUAAUGUACCUGGAAAAUAAA